GUUAUCCCUUUCCUCCUGCAGCUCACCAGGGUGCCCGUGGAGUCAUGCAGCCAGUACGAAACCUGCAGCGAGUGCCUGGGCUCGGGAGACCCGCACUGCGGAUGGUGCGUCCUKCACAACACCUGCACGAGGAAGGAGCGGUGCGAGCGCUCCAGCGAGCCGCGCAGAUUCGCCUCGGAGAUGAAGCAGUGCGUCCGCCUCACCGUGCACCCCAACAACAUCUCCGUCUCCCAGUACAACGUUCUGCUGGUGCUGGAGACCUACAACGUGCCCGAGCUGUCGGCGGGAGUCAACUGCACCUUCGAGGACCUGUCGGAGAUGGAYGGGCUGGUGGUGGGCAGCCAGAUCCAGUGCAUCUCCCCAGCUGCCAARGAGGUUCCUCAGAUCAUCACAGAGAACGGUGACCAUCACAUUGUCCAGCUUCAGCUCAAGUCCAAGGAAACGGGGAUGACCUUUGCCAGCACCAGCUUCGUCUUCUACAACUGCAGCGUCCACAACUCGUGCCUGUCGUGCGUGGAGAGCCCUUACCGGUGCCACUGGUGCAAGUAUCGCCACGUCUGCACCCACGACCCCAGCUCCUGCUCCUUCCAGGAGGGACGAGUCAAGGUGCCCGAGGACUGUCCCCAGCUGCUGCAGGCCGAGAAGAUCCUGGUGCCCGUGGAGGUGAUCAAACCCAUCACUCUGAAGGCCAAGAACCUGCCCCAGCCACARUCGGGCCAGCGGGGCUAYGAGUGCAUCCUCAGCAUCCAGGGCAACGAGCAGAGAGUGCCGGCUUUGAGGUUCAACAGCUCCAGCGUGCAGUGCCAGAACACCUCGUACUCGUACGAAGGGAUGGAGAUUAACAGCCUGCCAGUGGAGCUGACAGUCGUGUGGAACGGGAAUUUCAACAUUGACAACCCGGCACAGAACAAAGUUCACCUGUACAAGUGCGGGGCCAUGCGGGACAGCUGCGGACUGUGCCUGAAAGCCGACCCCGAUUUCGAGUGUGGCUGGUGCCAGGGACAGAACCAGUGCACACUGAGGCAGCACUGCCCAGCCCAGGACAGCCAAUGGCUGGAAUUGUCCAGCACCAAGGGCAAGUGCACCAACCCCAAGAUCACAGAUAUCAACCCCGUGACGGGCCCUCGUGAGGGAGGGACCAGAGUGACCAUCCGUGGGGAGAACCUGGGGCUGGAAUUCCGGGACAUCGCGUCCCACGUCAAAGUGGCCGGCGUGGAGUGCAAACCACUGGUGGAGGGGUACAUCCCAGCCGAGCAGAUCGUGUGUGAGAUGGGGGAAGCCAAGCCCAGCCAGCACGCUGGAUUUGUGGAAAUCUGUGUGGCCGAGUGCAAGCCAGAGUUCAUGGCCAGGUCUUCACAGCUCUACUACUUCAUGACUCUGACCCUGUCUGACCUGAAGCCCAAGCGAGGACCGGUGUCAGGUGGCACUCAGGUGACAAUCACGGGCAACAACCUCAACGCUGGCAGCAACGUYAUCGUGACCUUUGGGAGACAACCCUGCCUCUUCUACAGGAGAUCCACGAAGCACAUUGUCUGUAACACCACGGCCUCCUAUGAAGGCUUUGAGAAAGUGAAGGUGUCUGUGAGGGUGGACAAAGCCAAGAUCCACCAGGAGCUGCACUAUGAAUAUGUGGAGGAUCCCACCAUCCUGAGGAUCGAGCCUGAGUGGAGCAUCUUCAG